AUGCAGUUCUUGUUCCUGUUGGCGUUGGCUGGUCUCGGUCUCGUCGGCGCACAGAUUCCCGGCUUCGGUACCUGCCCGGACUAUUCGCCGAUUUUGCGCUUCAAUCGGACGCGCUUCCUGGGCACGUGGUACGAGAUCGAGCGAUAUUUCACCGUGACGGAGGUGGCCACCAAGUGCGUCUCGGUCAGCUACGAACAGCGAGCCGACGGGAAGAUCUACGUCCGCAAUGCGUACACCAAUCGAUUCAAUGGCGUCGAACGAAUCAUCUCGGGCGUGAUGGAUAAGGGGAGCAAAGUGAAGGACGGACGGUACCAAAUUGAGUACUCAUCGUUUCCGUACAACUACAACGCGUCGGUGAUGGUCCUCGACACGGAUUACGAUUCCUUCGCGGUGCUCUACUCGUGCAGCUCGUUCGGACCGGUUGGCCACGCAGUGUCAGCCUGGCUUAUGGGUCGCGAGCGGCUUCCAGCCGGCCCGGUGCUACAGCGGGCCUAUGGCGUGCUAGAUAAGUACAAGAUCUCGCGGACGUUUUUCAUGCGCACCAACCAGGAAGACUGCGUUACGAGACCACCACCGGAACCGGCCAUCGAUCCGACGGAAGCCACCGUUGCCGACCCCGCACGCAGCGAUGGUGUGGUCGUACGGACCGAGGAUGACCUGCAACAGCUCCGCAGUGACAUCUUUGCCGGUGCUCCGCCGGGGCCUCUGCCCGCCGAUCCCGUUAUAGCGGAUCAGCAGUGA